AUGGCAGUCAGUGAUGAAGACAAGCGGGCGGCGGUUGCCCUAGCAGACUCGGAUCUCCAGUUCAUCCUUCAGGAAGCAGGCGCAAGCCUUGACACUCAGUUUAAGGUGGUUCAGGCGCACUCCUCAAGGAGACGCUUUCAGGCGAUUGCAGAUACUCAAGCGGAGGCCAGGCUGGCAGCAGAGAAAGACAUAGGUCUGGAUAAGAGUACCAUCGAAGGCCGGGCGCAAAUUGCAGCUAUCGUAGUUGCACGGGAGGCUGCGGCUGCGCGUGAUUAUGAUCAGAAAGAGCAUGAGCUUCGCGCAGAAGCACGCAUCCUGGGGCAAAAGCGCAUACUGCAAGCGCAAGAGCGACAAUCCAUGUUGCGUGCAGUCACGUCAGUGCAUGGCAAGUUGAAUGAGUCAGAGACACCGUCGAAUGAGUACUUGUCGGCUAAGACUGAACAAUGUGAGUCUAAUGAGCCCCUUGCUGCAGCAUUGGACAUGAUAAGCUCUCGUAAAGACCAACAAGUAGAAGCCAUUCAGUCCACUGUUGAUCCCACAGGCCUGGUGAAGGUUACGAAGACCUUGGCUAAGUACAAAGCCAAGCCCUUCUUGCAGGGUCUUAAGCUGGAAUCUUUUACCAAGUUUGUGGAUUUCAUACAGGGGGAUAAGGUAGCCAACCUGCGUCUUCCAUCCAGCACUGGCAAGGAGCAGUUUCCACCGCGUCCACCAUGGGCAAUUGUACUCGCGUUUGAAUACAAGCUUCGCACCGAGGCAAUGCGUAUGGUAGUAAAGCAUGGAAAGACCAUUGCGGAGCUCCUGAAGAUCUGCCUUCGGCCAGAGCCCUUGUGUUUCCGGCGUGUAAAAGGCAGAAAGGGAAAGAACACGGGCAGCAGUAGCAGAAAGCAUCCGAGACUCUUCAUAAGGGAGAGCGCUGAAGGCUUCGAAGCUCCCUUCGAAGCUCCCUUCAAGAGCUAG